AUGGAAAAUCAUACUGAGAUCACUGAAUUCAUCCUGGUGGGCUUUAAGGGCCAGCCACAAAUGCAAAUAGUUCUCUUACUGCUCUUUUUGCUGAUGUACAUCAUCACCCUGGUGGGGAACAUUGGCAUGAUCAUAAUCACCAGUUCUGAUUCCCAACUCCAUACUCCUAUGUACUAUUUCCUAAAGAACCUGUCCUUCUUGGAUAUUUGCUACUCUUCUGUCAUCACUCCCAAAGCCAUGGUGAGUUUUGCAACGGGGAACAAAGCCAUUUCCUACAAUGGGUGUGCAAGUCAGAUGUUCUUCUUCUCUCUUUUUGGAACCACAGAGGCUUUUUUCCUAGCUGUGAUGGCAUAUGACCGGUUCAUUGCCAUCUGUAGCCCAUUGCUCUAUCAUACCAUUAUGUCCAAAAAGAGAUGUGUGGGCCUUAUGUGUAUCUCUUACGUCUUUGGUUGUGUCAACUGCUGCACCCAGACAGGGUUUACAUUCAGUCUGUCAUUUUGUGGCCCAACUGAAGUAAACCACUUCUUUUGUGAUGUCCCAGCUGUCAUGAAGGCCUCCUGCUCAGACACGUUUGUGAAUGAAAUUGUGCUCUUAGUGGUCUGCGGGCUCAUCAUAGUGACCACAGCGAUAAUUGUCCUCGUAUCUUAUGGUUACAUUGUUACAACCAUCUUACGCAUACCAUCUGUUAAAGGGAGACACAAAGCCUUCUCAACUUGCACGUCCCAUUUAAUGGCAGUAAGCUUAUUCUUUGGGACGGUUUUCUUUAUGUAUGCCCAACCUGGGGCCAUGUCCUCUCCUAAUCGAGGGAAAGUGGUGUCAGUUUUCUACACUGUUGUCAUCCCAAUGUUGAAUCCCAUUAUCUACAGUCUAAGAAACAAGGAGGUGAAAGAAGCUCUGAACAGACAAUUUAGAAGGAGAGGCUUUUUCCAUUGA